ACAAGGAUUGCCCGGAUAUGACGUAGCCACAACAAACAUAGCAUGGCUCAGGCUAACUUAGCAUCACAGCUAACACUAGUGAUGCCGCUCUUACAGUUGAUGAACACAUUUAAACUGGUUCAAUAGAAAACACAGAGCACAGUAAAUGGACCGCAGCGGUGUGGACAACCCGGCGGAGGCAGCCGGAGCCACGAGCCGCAAACGGAGCGUGGCCUGGUGCUUCUUUAAACCCUUGAGCCCCAGGUCGGUGCAGUGUCUGCUGUGCAGCGGCCUCCAGGCCAAACAGCAGGGCAGCACCACCACCAUGCUGAGACACCUGCGGCUCAAACAUCCCAGAGAGGUCGCCAGGAAGUUCAGAGGACAAGCGUCUGAAGCUGUCCACACGAACGGUCACCAGGGGGCGCACACGGACAGGGAGCAGCUCUGCUCUGUGGAAUCGCCUCUGGAGGACUGUGACUCUGACAUCCACGAGACUAUGAAUGAAUCUGUCAUUAGUUCUGCUGUUACCGGCAUGGCUGCACAGGGAGAUCCAGCAGAACCGGCUGCACAGGGAGAUCCAGCAGAACCGGCUGCACAGGGAGAGACAUUUGAUGAUGGCAAUAACCGUCCUGUAAGAUGUACCCGGCACAAACGUAGUCUGAUCUGGAGGCACUAUGAGCGUCUGGACAGUUUGAACGCUGCUCGCUGCCUCAUUUGCAUGAAGAAGUUGCAGUGCACGGAAAACGGCGGAACCAGCAACUUGCGUCGCCACAUGUUGAAGAGACACCCGGAGGUGUUUGCCAGACUCGUGGCUGACGGGCUCAAACCGUUUCCUCCAGACUCUUCACAUGGCUCAAACGCCAAUGGUGACACUUCCACAGAGCAGAGGCAGCAUUCAGGUGUGCUGCCAGGUUCAAGAGCAUUUGAAGGAGAAAAACGGGUUUUGAGACGAGAGCAGGAGCUGAUUGAAGCACUGAGGAGAACGCAGAAGGAGGAGGCCCGGGCUCUGGAGCAUCAGAGGGAGCUGCUCGAGAAGCUACGUGCAGCGGAUGCCAGAGAGGCAGCUGCAGAGUGGAAGAAAAUCGAGUCGUUGAGGACGGCACAGCAGGAAGAAGCCAAAGAACUGGGCCGACAGAGAGAAGAGCUGCAGAAGGAAAAGACAGAGCUCCAGAAGAAAUGGGAAGAGCUUCUCUUGUUUUCCAGAGGACAGUAACCCUCCUGAUGGUCUUACAACAUGACUCUGAUCUCAGCAGUUCUAUAAAUGCCAUGGAACACUUCAAACACUUAAAGGUCUUUCAUUCAGAUGUGUUUUGAAACGGUAAAUGGAUUGUUGGUUGUGUUUAUAUUGCAGCUGAUGACCUGACAUCACUGGCAUGAAAUAUAAAUAAAUAUGAACCAGGACAAACAUAUCCAACUCUGCAUUCACUCACAGCCACGACAAACUGAUUCCAGUUUAGUUUAGUAAGCAGAGACUGACUUUAACAAUCUGUGUGUUCCUCAGAUCUACAAGUCUUCAGUGGCGAGGACCACACCAGUCUCACUAAUUAUUGUCAAAAAUAAAAAUACUUUGUUUCACUCUGGGGGAUUGAAACCAUCCGUCAGCAUGUUGUCACUAACAGG